AUGGCGGAGGAGGCGCUUCCCGGGGAAGAGGAGGGGCCGGCAGAGCCGUGUUCGCGGUGUGGGGGCCCGAGCGGACCGGACGGAUGGGCAGCAGCUGGCGAGGCUGCCCGCGUGCUCCUGCCCGCUGGGGGCCCCCCUGCCAUGGCCAUCGUGCAGACGCUGCCGGUGCCCCUCGAGGCCACCGCUGAGGGGGCUACACAGCUCCGUGCCGCCGCCCGCUCGCCCCCCACCACCAUGGGCAGCGUCGGCAGCCUCCUGCCCGGCCGGCCCCGCCACGACCGUGCCGGCCAGCCCUGCGACGGGGGCCCUCCUGCCGCCUCCUUCUGCAAGCAGGAGGGGCUGCUCCGGGCCACCCCCCGGGACCCCCCAUCCCCUGAGGAGUUCUGCGCGGCUGUGCCUGGCGUCCCCCAUGCCUACGCCAAUGGGGGCUUCUGCGGUGACUGGCUCGACGCCCCCUCUCCUGGCAGCCCCUGCAGCGACUCGGAUGAGCCCCGUGAUGACCGAGCCCUGAGUGGCCACCUCCGGGGGCCACCCCCCAAGCUUGUCCCUGUCUCCGGCAAGCUGGAAGAGAAUGUGGAGAAGACCCUGAUCCGCCCCAUGGCCUUCAAGCCAGUGGUGCCCAAGCUCCGGAGCGCCCAGGCGGGCGGGCGCCCAGGGCUCUCGGAGAGCCAGGUGAGCCUCACCCAUUUGCUGGGUGCUGAGAAGCCCGGCUCCCUGAGCUGCCGCGCCAGCACCCUCUCGGACUCGGGGCGCAACUCCCUCUCCAGCCUGCCCACCUACAGCACGGGCUGCAGCCAGCACCCCGAGGCAGGCACCCUGCCGGCCACCCCCCACGGUCCUGCUGACCCCCCGGGGGGCUGCCGCCCCUCCAACUCGGACAGCGGGCGCUCGUCCUCCAGCAAGAGCACGGGCUCGCUGGGUGGCCGGGGCCGGCCCUCCUCGGAGAGCGGCUCCUGCGGGCGCUCACCCCUGCCCGGCGAGGAGGCCAUGCUGGUGCAGGAGCUGGAGGACAAACUGCGGGAGAGGGAGGCUGAGCUGCGGCUCCUGCGUGACAGUCUGGACGAGAACGAGGUGGCCAUCUGCCAGGUGUACGAGGAGAAGCAGCGGCGCUGCGAGCAGGAGCUGGAGGGGCUGCGGCAGCGCUGUGCAGCCCAGGCACGGCAGGCGGCCCAGGCAGCGCAGCGAGGGCAGCAGGUCCUGCAGCUCCAGGUGCUGCAGCUGCAGCAGGAGAAGAAGCAGCUGCAGGAGGACUUCGCCCAGCUGCUGCAGGAGCGGGAGCUGCUGGAGCAUCGCUGCGCCUCCUUCCAGCGCGAGCGCACCGAGCUGGCACCCCGGCUGGAGGAGACCAAGUGGGAGGUGUGCCAGAAGUCAGGGGAGAUCUCGCUGCUGAAGCAGCAGCUGAAGGAGGCGCAGGCGGAGCUGGCACAGCGGGGCGCCGAGCUGCUGGGGCUGCGGGCUCAGCUGCGGGAGGCACGGGCCCAGCUGCAGGUGGGCGAGCGGCGGGCGCAGGGGCUGCAGGAGGCCGCCCGCCUGAAGGCGCUGGAGCUGGAGGUCUGUGCCAACGAACUGCAGCGCCGCAAGAGCGAGGCUGACCUCUUCCGCGCCAAAGCCGGCCGGCUCGAGCAGGAGGUGGCGGGGCUGCGGGAAGCCGCCCGUGGGCGAUGCCCCCAGCCCAGCGAGGGAUGCCCUCAACCCAGUGAGGAGCCCCGGGGUGGCGCGGGGCUGCGGCAGCAGCUGGAACGGCUGCGGGCAGAGGUGGCCCUGGAGCGGCGGCGCGGGCAGGAGCAGCGGGAUGCCUUCGAGCAGGAGCGUGGCACGUGGCAGGGCGAGAAGGAGCGGGUUAUCCGCUACCAGAAGCAGCUGCAGUACAGCUACAUUCAGAUGUACCGCCGCAACCGGCGGCUCGAGCAGCGGCUCCAGCAUCUCCGUCUCCAAGGCGAGGACCCACCGCCCGAGCCCUGCGACCCCCCCGGCCCUGACCCGCCCUUCGAGGAGAUCACGGCCACCGAGAUCUGAGACACUGCCUGCCCUCGCUCUGUGCUCAGAGCCUGGGGGGGCCCUCCAGCCCCUGGGAUUUUGGGAGCCAUGGGGGAUCCCUGCUCUCCCCCUGGCUCUGCAGAGACCGCUGGCACUGGGGAGAGGCAGAGGGGAUCACAGGCGCUGCCCCCUCCCCAGCAUCGAGGUGUUGGGGCAAGCGUCUGUCGGCACCUUCUGCGGCAGGGGGGGUGCGGUGAGAUGUAGGGCUAGGUGGGUGCCCUGUCCUUGGGGCCACCCGGAGCUGGUUUCCACUGAUCCUCUUAGUGCCCAGGGGAUUAGCGGUGCUGGCUUCAGCCAGGGUCACCUUGGGCAGGGGGAGGGUUGGCUUCUCACCUCCCUCUCGUCCCUGCUGGCACUGUCAACCAACACUUCCAGAGGGGACAAAUUGUGCCCCAGCCCUGCCCGUGCCAGCACCACCACCACCACCACCCCGCCCCCAGUGUGUUUGUCAGGGGAUUCGUUUCUGUGCCAUUUAAAAUAACUAUUUUUAUAGGAGCUACCAAAACUUAUCACCCUCUCCCAACUCGCACUCCACCUGUCUGCGCCCCCCCUCACGUCUGCCGUGGGGCAGCUUGCCCUCAGUGCCUUUCCUAUGCCCUUGCCCCUGGCAUCCCUUUGUUUCCCCCCAAAAAAAAGCCUGGCCCAUGCCCCUGUGAUGCCCAGCUUGCCAGGGGAGAGGGGUGUGGUACCAGGGGUGCCAGCUGGGAACACCUCGAGGGUGGGCAGAGGUGGGGGGCCCAGCUGGGCACCCAGGGGGGGUCAAACCAAAGGAAAAGCCUGGCUGUGCCCAGCUCUGGCUUGG